UGGUUCCGCAUUUCGGGUCCGUAAAGUGGGGGAGGAAGGCGAGGCGGUUGCAGUAGUUCGCACCUGCUUGCAGCGGCUCGACCCCGGCUGCGAGCUGCAGCGUCGCGGGCAUCCGCUGUCCGCCGGCUGAGGACCUUCGGAUCCCCCUCAGUCCCGCGCGGACUCCGAAUCCUGACCUCGGCGGGGGCGAGCGGCCCCUCCCCUCCGCUCUGAGGAUAGAAGAUGAGCUUCCUCUUUAGUAGCCGUUCUUCUAAAACAUUCAAACCAAAGAAGAAUAUCCCUGAAGGGUCUCAUCAGUAUGAACUCUUAAAACAUGCAGAAGCAACUCUAGGCAGUGGGAAUCUGAGACAAGCUGUUAUGUUGCCAGAAGGAGAGGACCUGAAUGAAUGGAUUGCUGUUAACACUGUGGAUUUCUUCAACCAGAUCAACAUGUUAUAUGGAACUAUCACAGAAUUCUGCACUGAAGCAAGUUGUCCAGUCAUGUCUGCAGGUCCAAGAUAUGAAUACCAUUGGGCAGAUGGUACUAAUAUUAAAAAACCAAUCAAAUGUUCUGCACCAAAAUACAUUGACUAUUUGAUGACUUGGGUUCAGGAUCAACUUGAUGAUGAAACUCUUUUUCCUUCUAAGAUUGGUGUCCCAUUUCCCAAAAACUUUAUGUCUGUGGCAAAGACCAUUCUAAAGCGUCUCUUCAGGGUUUAUGCCCAUAUUUAUCACCAGCACUUUGAUUCUGUGAUGCAGCUGCAGGAAGAGGCCCACCUCAAUACCUCCUUUAAGCACUUUAUUUUCUUUGUUCAGGAAUUUAAUCUGAUCGAUAGGCGUGAGUUGGCACCUCUUCAGGAAUUAAUUGAGAAGCUUGGAUCGAAAGACAGAUAAAUUUUUCUUCUACAACACAGUUACCCUCUUUGCUUCAUCUACUGCUAGAGCUAUCUCGUUGCUAUCUGUUAUAGACUAGUAAUACACAAACUUUAAGAAAAAGGAUAAAAAGACACAUAUUAUCUGUGUCUGCUGGUAAAAUUGUCCCAAAGGUAGGUUGACCUAACACCUUCAGAGUGAGAAACUCAGGACACAGCUGACUCUCUGAGGCACUAUGUGACCACUGCUAUUAUUGCCACAGAAUUGUACUUGGUCGUAAUAUAUGAUGGCUAACCUGCGGUUUAUUAGUUUACUUAUUCUUUUGCUGAAGAAAAUGGUUCUGUUUCAGGUGACAGCAUGAUGGAUAUUAAGAAUUUCCACCAAUAAUUUAUUAACAAAUGUCCAGAACAGAUUUCCUGAUAAUACAAUCAGAUCAGUUUUAUUCUGCUUUUAUUUUACAAACAGAAGAGGUGUUUGGAAAUUUCCUUAAGAUUUAGAGCAUUUGUGUCACUUUGGAUACCCUUUUAGUUUGAAGUUUGUAUGCUAGUGUUUUUAUAGGUAAAAAUAUAUAUGUAUAUUUUUUUCAAAAUUCAUAGUUACAGUUUACAUCAUCAUAUGACGUGGUAUGGGAGUAACCAAAGUUAUUUCUAAAAUGACUGUAUUUUUUAAUCUUUAUUUGGGAUUUUAUUCACAUGAGCCUAUCUAAAUUUUUAGGCGUGUGUAUCAGAUAACUUUUUUUAAGGCAUCUAAGGACUAUCCUGCAGAUCUUUACCUUGAAAUGCUUCAUUCAGAUUAAUUUUAAUAUGUAGGUUUUGGCUGGGAAAAGGAGACUUCCCAAAAAUGAUGACAAACUUGGGUCUCAAAAACCACAUUUUCAUUUAUGUUUUUGUUUCAGAAGCCUUGAACUUUGGAUAGGAGAAUGAAAGUACUCAUAGUACUUGAUUAUUUUGUUUUGAAUUUUCCUUUAAAAAGAACUACUUCUACUUGUUUUUAUUGUGACUUAACGACUUCAUGAAGAGUGGUGUAGAAAUGCACGAACUUUAUCCCAGUAAGGAUAAACCCUAAGAAAAACCACAAUAAAAAAAAUCCUUGAGGGUAUGUGCACAUUUUAUAACCCUACUAAAAGUUUGGUGUGCUACCUGUUCUUUAGAGAGAGCAAGAGAGAGAGAGUGUGUGUGGUAUAUGUUUAAAGGAUACAAAAUGGGAGGAAUAAGUUUAAAAAAAUUCUUCAUUCUGUUAAUAGUCAAAGGAUGGAUUAGAAUGUUAUCCUGUUGUAAUCGUUUUUGUAUCAAACUUGAAAUUAUUGUUUCUAUUGGAAUAAAAAGAAUCUUCCCCUUUAGUGAAGAAAAGAUCUAAUUUUCAUUAGGUUUCCAAGAUUUAGACUGUUUAAACGGUCUUGAGAGGCACAUAUUACUAAAGACUUGUUAGAUUGGCAACGCUUUAAGUUCAUGGACAUUCUUUGUAUCAGAGCUGUGGUUUUUGCAAAGUACUCACCAACUUCCUUGAUAAAGGGAAAGGUUAAAUUUGAUAGGGUUUUGUUUAUUACUCCACUAGAAUGUAAGGAAGGAAUUGCUUAGAAAUUCCUUUUUUGUAAUAACUCAAUUUCCAUAACUUGUUACAAAUGUAGAAUUUUAAAGGAAACAGCAUUUUAUCUGAUUGAUUUAGGCUGAAAUCAUACAUCAUGGUUUCAGGAAAUAAAAGAGUGGGAUAAUCCCUUAUGGAAGAAAGAGAAAAGCCCUCUGUGAAACAUUCAACAAUCCACAUUUUCAGAUUAUGCAGAAGUCCCUGUCAGGCAUUUGUGUGUUUAUGGUGAUCAUUUCCAGAUGAGAAAGAAGGUUUUUUAGAUACCACCUGGAAUAUUACUGCCUCUUGACUUUAAACCUUGCUGUUGGUUUUAAUUAAGCCUGCAAGGAAUAUGUCUCCACUAGGGUUGUACUUUCAUCAUCACUUCUGCUACUUCAGAUAUCAUCAAACAAAAGCAUUCUCACCUUUUCUCCACUUUUCAGUGAUAGAAAUCCUCUCUUCUCUUCAUGACUCAGCCCUGAAAUGAACCAAAUUCCAUCACAUAUUAGCUCAGUAGUAGGGGCAGCUUAAUAAUGGGAUGCAGAUUUUUAAAUGUGUUGGUCAUUUGAGAAUUCAGGUAAUUCAGAGUGUCCUUUUAAAAAAUAAAAGCAUCACCAUAUUCCUAGACUAAUCUGGUUUAACUAAAGAUGCAUCUAAACAUUAGUGUUAACAUUUGUUUACAUCCAAGGCCAGGGAGUUGAGGGCAGAAGAGUUGAAGGGAGGGAAGAGAAUGGGGAAAGGAUGACACCUUCCUGUCUUGGCUGGAGGGCCAGCUUUUGAUUAAAGUUGGAAGAAAUCAAUCUGUCUUUGACUCUUCUCAACCUUGAUCUAUUUACCUGUGCCCAGGGUCUACCUGUCCCCCAACACUCACUCCCCAGGCCCCUCCUAACCAGAAGUCAUCUCCUCAGUGUCUGAUGGCUGUUCCUCACCCUUGAUUACAAUCACAGGUUGGCCAGUGCUUUCUAGAGUCUGCAGUUAAUCCUAUGGUGCUUUAAUUUCCGGGUCUUAAAAAAGCUUUUGGACAAUGAUGUGCAGAUUUUUGUUUAAAUAUGAAAACUUCUUUGUACUAUAGUUUUUGUAUUGACAGCCAAAUGUAUCCUUUAUUCUUCUCCAGACUGUGAAUAAAGUGAUUUUAGUGGGCUGCCAGCUAACAAAGUAUUUCCUUUCAUCUUAAACUUGUAGAGCCGUAGCUCAUAUAGCUGCCUUGAGAAAUGCACAUCUGUAUUCAUGACAUUUAAAACAACAGAAGGAAAGUUUCUUCUAGUAGUUUUCUUGCCUCCAAAAAGAGGCAAGAGGAGCAGUCCCAGUGGUGAUUUUAACUUUCGCAAAUAUUUUUGAGGUUUGCCUUCUGUCUGAGCAGGGAACAAAUCAGGCCCAGAGAAUAUAAGUCCUAGAAAUUUGUUUCUAAGCAUCUCCAGUCCUGGUUAUUGGAGGCCGUCUCUCUGUCCGUGAAAUCCUGGCCUGAAAAUACCGGCUCAUAUACCAAACUAAGCUUCAACAGGGACAUUAUUUCCUCCUAAGAUCAGUUCAGUAACUGGAUGUGGGGUUUUACAAAGAGGCAAAAUAGUAGUCCCUCAGUCUUCCUGUGUUUUUUGCAUUAGAUUUUGGUAUUUCAGAUUGUAAAGGGCUUUGGGGGAAUGAUAUUACCUGUGAUAGCAGUAAUUUUAUUGAAGCAACUGAAUUGAAAUUCACUUGGGUUUUUUCUCAUUGUCAGAUUCUAUUGCAAACAAGUAUUCUGUAAAUCCAAAUGGAUUAUCAGUGUGCUAGUGAUUUACUACAGAACAACAUUCCGUGUUUGGUCUACAUCAAAAAUGGUUUGCUUAAGUUAGUCUUGGGUCUCAUCUAAAAUAUUUUUAAAUGUUCUUUACAUAAAAAUUUAUUUUGUAUUUUUAAAACUUUAGGGGCUUUAUCUAUUUUUCUAAGUCAGUUAACUGUACUUUUUUUAAAAAGUAUUUUGUAUCUACUUUUGUAACUUCAUCAGAAUAAAAUAUAUUGAAAGAAA